AUGCCCAAUGCCAUGUCUCCACGAAGAGGACGGCGGGGUCUUGUGGAAGCAUACAAAGGUGCAACAGGAAUCCUGUCCACUAGUCUCAUGGAUCCUGGGUCAUCAUCGCGAUGGGGCACUGUUGUCUCCCCUCGAGUCCUGGCCCAGAAUCACCAGCAUAUGAUGUGCGUGCGAGUCGAUCCAGCUAUCGACGGGCACCAGAACUAUAUGCAGGUGGAGGAGGCGGUUCUAUUACCCCUUGACGAUGAAGUCAACACCUACGGAAACGCAUGGGCGGUGCGGAAAAGGCAUGUAGAGAAGUCUGGGUUCGAAGACGCAGAUCCUCUGCGAAACCGGACGUUCAAAAUCGUAAAUGAGGGCAAAAUCAACGGAAUAUCUGGGAAUCCCGUGGGAUAUAAGGUAGUCGCGCCCCCUCCGCAGCUGCUUCUCACCCAUCCAUCGUCCGUGGCGGCGAAGAGGGCCAAGUUUGCUCAGCACCACCUCUGGGUCUCCAAGUACCGCGAUGGCGAUCUCUGGGCUGGAGGGAAAUGGACUACGAAUUCGUAUGAGGAGACUGAUGGGGUCUCUAGCUAUGUGACGAGGGGUGAGGGCGUGCGGGAAUGA